CCGCGCCCGCCGGGAAAGGCGCGCGAGGUUCGAAGGCGGCGCUGAGGCGCGCGCGCGCGCCGGCCCCGGUCCGGGAUGGCGCAGGCCUUGAAUCGUUUAAAAAAAGACUACAGAGCAAGAUACUGCCAUGGAGGAGGAAAUAAGAUUGAUCUACAGCCAGGUCAAAACGUACUGAAACUCAUACAGGAUUGUUUUGAAAGUUGCAGCAAUGAUCUUACAAUAAACUCUCCAAAUAGCUCAACCUUUGUUUUGAAAAAUGAGAAGAGGACUUCAAUCCAGAGACAAAGGCCCAAGGCAGGGUCAGCCAGCUCUGUGAAAAGAGCCCGUGAGUCUGCAGAACCCUCACCUGCAUCAGCACUAAAACCAGUCAGCAGCAGAGGACUGUCAUGUGAAUCACACCUGAAGGCUGCAACAUCUGAUUACGUAGCUACUCCUAAAAAGACAGAGUCUCUUGUGUCUGAAAGUGAAAAGAAAAAUACUUUAAAAGAUGUUGAAGCACCAUGCCAGUGUCCAGCUGUGCCUUUGAACCCUGAGGAUAAUCGUGGGGCUGUUGGAUCACCUCUUCCUGUGGAGGAAGCGAAAAGUUCUCCUGCAGUUAAACUGCAUUUUGAUAAGAGGAGUACACCAACUGCAGCAAAGAGCCAUGGAGAAGUGGAAAAUUUGGAAGGACCUCUGCCUGGGAGAGAAGAGCACGUUGUUCCUGUGCAAGGAACAGAACGUGUUACUGCAUCAUCUGCCCGGAGAGAGAAGAACUUCUCUUCAGCUGUCAUUGCAGCUGUAGCAACAGGAACAUUUGGACAGAGAUAUUCAACCUCCAUAUCACCACCAUCACCUCGCCCUGUGAAAUAUCAAGAAAUAGAAAUAGAAAAUGAAUGUGAAUUUUUAAUUGAUGAAUCAGGUGGUGCAUCUUUUACUUCUUGGCUUUCGAUACCCACUAAGAAGAAAAAAUCAAAAACUGAUGGCUCUGCAGCUCCCAUUUCUAAGCCUCAGCCCUCUGAAAAGAAGACACAGAAUAAGACAGUCAAGAACAGAAAAGUUCAGGGUAAAGCACUUACUAAACAGAAACUGGAUCAUCCAGAUAUUGGAGCUUUUGACUUCAAAGAAACGUCAGUGUCAGAUCCAGUCCCUAGUAGUGAAGAAAAUGUCCUUAAAACUCAAAGCCGAAGAAGUCCUUGUGCGGGAAAGACUGAAAAGGAUGCACUUAGACAAGACUCUCCAAACCAGAAAAAGAACACAUCCUGGAAACCAGAAGCUGAAAUACCAAUGUGGCCUGGAUUGGAAACAGAAUCAUCUGAUGAAGAGCAGCGUAAAACAAGUGUGCCAAGUGAGGAUUUACCUGUGCCCUCAUCUGGGCAUCAGAAAAAGCAGACUGUGUCACUGAAAAAGUCUCUCAAGUCUUCCAAGAAUCUGCAGAUGGCUUCUAAAGCUUCUCAGCAUUUAGUUAAGAAGAAGCAAACUGCUAAGCAGAAACUUCCAAAGGUCAAAGUAGCUAAGAGAGAGACAGUAACUCCAAGGAAAAUAUCUGUCCAGAAAAGUAGUAAUAAAAAGCCUCAGUUACAAAGAGAGGAGAGUUCUAACAGUGGACCUGGUGAAGAAGAGCUUGAAAGAGAGCCUGUGGAACUGAAUGAAGUAUGCACCACAUCUUUGCAUCAGAAAUUAGAGACUCCUGUGAUUCAGAAGUUGACUAACCCCGAAAAGCCUGGAAAUGCAUUACACACACCAGAGUCACCUGGUGAUGCCAAUAACAGAACUCCUCUAAAAGCACUCCAGCAUCCCGUGGAGAGUGUGAAGAAUCCAGGAAAGAAAUGCUCUGCCAAGUAUUCAGGGAAGAGACCCAAAAAGAUUCCACGUAGAACCAAUAAAGCUCUUCACUCAAGCUCUGAAGGCUCUGAGUCUCAAACAGAUUCUGACAGCUCUUCUGUACAGGACACGGCAAGGAAAAAACAGAAGUUACCAGAUGUGAAAAUAAAAAGUAAAAAAAGAAAACAUAACAGACAGCGUGGACCACAGGAUUCCUUUGUAGCUGAGAGGGUUGUGAGUUGCCAAAGUGGGCUUGUUCUAGAAGAUGGACUUGCUUCCAGCACUAAGUGUCCUGAGCAGGAUGAUAUAUCUUCAGAUAAUUCUGAAGACUUGAAUUACAAAUUAAGACAUCUGUUGUCAGACGAAAUAGCAAAGCAUAAAAUAGUCAUGCCUUCCAACACACCUAAUGUUCGUCGGACAAAAAGGAUACGGCUGAGGCCUCUGGAAUACUGGAGAGGCGAGCGCGUAAACUACACUAUGAAGCCUUCAGGAGGGCUUGUGAUUAGUGGACUCGUGCAUCCAGAAACAGAAUCUCCCAGGAAGAGUAAAAGGAGGAAGGAUUGUCCCAAGCAGAAAAGAGAUAAAACAGAUAGAGGAGAGAUACCUCCAAGUUUGGACCACAGCCUAGCUGAUGCAUCUAAGCCAGUCAUUGUACUGGACCCAGUAACAAAUAAUGAAGUGCAUCUAGAUUGUAUAAACACUGCAGACAGUCAAACGCACUUCUUCAAAAAUGAAGCAGUAGAAAUACACAAAAAUUUGAAUACGUCUCUUUUUGCAACUGGUAGAUUGAUUCUGAAACCAUAUAAAGAAAAGGGACACCAGUUUGUCGACAAGGAUACAAUAGCUUUCCAUAUUAUCCAUGGCAAAGCUAUUGUGACAUUACAUAACGCGUCGUAUUGCCUGACUGCAGGGGACUGCUUUUAUGUUCCAGCAGGAAAUGGAUAUAACAUACGAAAUCUUCUAAAUGAAGACUGUGUUCUUCUCUUCACCCAACUCAAAGACAGGUGUUUGAGUGGGCCCACCCUAACAUUACAAAUGAAUACAGAGCAGCUGAAAUCAAGAUAAGAAGAGUUGAGGGAAAAAACACAGAAGAAUGUUGGUUGUUUGCUGUCAAACUGAAAUGGCAUACUGAAGGGCCUUGCUCUGAAUCAGUCACUGUUCUUGUGCCAUCCAGUGACAGAAAGAUAAAAGUAUGAAAUGUGUGGGUGUAUUUGUUGUUCCAAAUUGUAUCAAUAUGCCUAAUCUCCCUAAAGAUGCUUAGCACUUGAAAAAACGUUGGCAUCCUCAGCUAACAUCUGAUAGAUAGUCUUAACGACUGCCUGGUACAACCUGCUUAGAAUAAUCUCUGUUUAAAUGACAAACCUGCUGUUUGCAUUCCAGUAAUUGUUGUCUAGGAGAUGGGCUGCUGCAAGGCUGCUGUGCUGGGGUCCAGCUGCCUUCUCAUAUGUUAACGACAGGCAACCCUUCCUUGUCUGGCAGCUGGAUGAUUAGUGCCUCCAAUCUGAAUAGGAAAAUAGGAGCUCUUAAGUAGGAGCUUAUCACUUGUGUCUUUUGUGUGGAAGCUAUGGCCUGAUUAGCUCUGAACAUUGUUGAUAGCUUUAUUUUGUGUAACAGUGAUAGGUCAUUGCCAAAUGUAUUACUUUAAUAUCUCCUUUUGAUUUGCUUGCUGUGUUCCUGGAUAAUAAUGAGGACCUUUGGGAAAGCUGUAAUUAUACUGUAUACUCCAGAAGCCAAGUCUAGACAGCAGAUGGUAUACAUAGCAUUUGUCUCCCAAGCUCUUUGAGGUUCCUUCUGGCUGAAGAUAAGGAUAAACUACAGCUCUUCUCAUAUGCUGCUUUCUUUCUCUGGUCAUUGCUAUCCUUGAAGAGAAGGAGAUAAGGAAAAUUGAAUUGGAAUUGUGAACUCUUAAGGACUUGAGGAUUGAGCACUAACCUUGUAACCAGUCUUGGCCAUGAUCUUUAUGCUAAAUCUAGAGUAUACAUUAAAGUAGGAAAGAGAAAUUGGCUUUCAGCUCUCAGCUAAUUCCCUGUGUCUGUGAAAGGUCUUGGACACCAAGAUUAUUGUGCCUCUGUGAAAGAUCCUUUGGAUUGGGGAAUUUGAGCUAAUACUUUGUCAUUCUCUUUGAAGCUCCUAUGGCUAGUGCAUAAGUAGACUGACAGUGGAAAUACUUGGUAGAAGUUGUGUGCUUUCUUUUCAGUCAUGGCUAAGUCUCAUGUAGCUCUGAGAAGAUGAAACAGGAACGUGCCUGUCUUGAAACAAACUAUUUACUGUCAGAGUUCAGACUACACAGAAAGUCCUUUUUUUUUCCAGUCCUUUUUUUCAACUUUUGUAAGCAGUUUAAGAGUUAAAAAAGAAAAAAGUCAUUUAGUCACUCCGUAUAAAUUUGAUGUUGGCAGCUUUUCUAAAUUUUGGGCUUGGGUUGGUCUCUUCAAGGUCAGCAAGAUUCAAAUAAUGUCCUUCCUGUGCUGGAGCCAUACCAGCUACCAGAUGGGCACACAUGCUGUCUCACUGCUUGAGGGGAUCCCACCCACUAAAACGUUUAGUUUUUAAGUCUUUCAGCUCCUCAGGCCUACAGAGAUCUGGAACUUUGCCACUUGGAAAAAGUACAGGGCUAGGAUUAAACCUAAGACUCUGCUUCUAACCCAAGCAGGUCUCCCAGCGGUCAGGCCAUGGAUGUGAUGGUCUCUGAUCUCAGCAGCAAAUUGGCUCCAGUUAAAAAUGAGAACAAGAAAACUUUUCAGUUGUGUUAAUAGCCAGGGAGUUCUGAACAAAAAUGCCCUGCAGAUUCUUUUCUGUGUUACCUCUCUGCAGAUUGGGUUGCAGAAGGAUGGAUACUGAAGGGGUUAGUGUAGGUAACUUAUGUGUAUGGACUGCAGGGCUUGUGGUCCUGAAGGAGAGUGUGGGUGGAUGCUGUGGCAGAGUUCAGCAGCCCCUGCUUUCCAGGGAUGUGUUUUCAUUAGGUGGGCUGGGAUAAGAAGUGAUGACUGUCAUAUCAGGCACAGAUGUGUCUUUGCCCCCUGCAACUUGGCAGCAAGAUCAUGAGGGGUUUUCUUUUGAGUCAAGAGAAAUAGUUCUUCAGGAUGCUUUCUAAGGCAGAUUUAAUGUGUGCAGACCUUUUCCUGACACAGGCUGGAAAGUGCAGGUGUUCAAAUGCAGGUUUCAGGUCAGCAUGCCUGUUUGUGUUUUCCUAAUUCUAUGGCUGGGAGUGUCAGGGAGAACAGGGCAGAUUUGGUAAAGUAUGUCACUUUUUAGGCUGGAUGGCUUUGUUGCUCUCUGGCUGGUUGGUUUCUUGAGACAAGUGUCUUGUGUAGUUUGCAGAGAACAUUUUGUAGCUGGACUACAUCUGAAUAUGAUUGUGGUUUACCUUUUUUAAGAAGCAAUAUCAAGUUUGUCAAGGGAUGUUCUCUGGAAUACUGCUCUGGUUUAGCAACAGUUCUAUUAUUUGUCAGUAGAUGGGGCUUCAAGCACAGCUCUUAGUCCUUUGUUGGCCUCUGGGCUCAGGAGGAUCUGGUUUUUGAAAGGCAGGAAGAACGGUGUGUUAGAGGUGGAGUUAAAUUUAGUUGAAUUCUCUUGCAAAGAGAUGUAAAUCAGUUGCCAUUCACAGUAGGACUUAACUACUGAAGGUUGCUACAUCCAUUCAGUUACAUGGAUGUUGUACUUGUUGCAGCCACUUGCACAAAAUUGUUCUUUAAAACAUUAGUACACAGCAGGACCUCGGUUGUUCACUGUUGGUCUGGAUUGCAUUUCAAAAUUUUUCUUCAACUUGGCACUUGUUAGAAAUUUGCUGCUGUGUCAUUAGCCUAAAUAUAGUGUGAGGAGGUGCAGGAGAAUCUUCUGAGUGCCAGGACUCCUAUGGCUGCUGAGUUCUGCAGUGUGUCAGUCAAUAAUCAGUUGCUAGUCAGAAGCAGCAGCUGAUGUUUCACCUCUGCCUGGUCUCAUUUCGGUUCCUGCUUCCUACAUUUUUGUGUACAGCAGGCCAAAUGGGAUAUUGCAAAAAAUUAAGUCUUUUCUGAAAUGUGACGAGUUAGUUCUUCCUGCAAACAUGUGAUUCUUUUUGCCAGCCUCUUUUCUGUUCUGCUGAGUAAUCUCACUUCCACUGGCUACUGUGGUUUCGCCAGGUGUUUGUGGAGCUAGGCUGAAGUUGGUUAACCAGUGUUACCUGUUGUGGAGUCAAGUUGGGAUCUUUGUGUUGAAGGAGACAAAAUGUGAGAUACUGUUCCUGGAGGAUACAUGCUGAUAUCCUAGUGGGCAUCCCUGUUUUUCAGUAUUUUAAUUCAUUGCUUUCUAUCAGCAGUAAUUGAGAGAGCUGGAAACAAAAGCCAAGUCACAUAUUUCAGCUUUAUGUUAAUAGGUUCAUGUGUUCUAUAGUAUAGUAACAUCCAGGGUCUUCUUUUAAGAGGCUUAACUGAGAAGUCAUGCCACAAUAAAAAGCCACAGCUUUGAAGGCUGUGGCUCCCUUCAAAAAAAUUACAAGUUAGUAGGUUCUUUUGCAAAUCUAUCUUUUUGUAGUUUUAUUUGUUUGGAAAGCUGUUCCUGUUUUUUUAAAGAAAGCUUUUUGAAGCUUAAAUUAGCAGAAGAGUGAUUGCAGAACAGUCAGAUGUGUAUGCACAUCCAUAUUUGUACAACUCUGUAAAUCUAAAAUAGGAGAUUGUGAGCUGAGUAAUUACAGACAAAAUAAACAGGACCAAUAAAACAAACUGUUGAGGCACAUGUACAGCUUCUUCUAUUUUGCAAGUGCACAACUAAAUUGGUUAUCUGCAGAUGAUUUUAAAUUAACAUUUGGGGAAUGCAAUAGACCUAAAGAGCUGUUUCCUCAUUUCAUAACAGUUGAAAAGGCAUUUCAGCAUGAGGGAAUAUUUCUUGUAUUUCUACUGUUGUAUAGACUCUGCAUGAUGUCUUUUGUAAUACAGGAUUUACUUUAAGUGGUGAUUGAUUGCAGGUGAUACAUCUAGCUGAAGAGCAUGGCCAUGCCUCUCUAAUGGUAUUGACAGCUGUUGUAACUGAAUAUCUUAGGUCUUCCAAGCUGGUACAUUUCCUUGGCAGAAUCCUGUCACUUCACAGAUGUUCACAAAUACAGUCAGAAGUGAUCUCAAAGGUUGGUUCCCAAACCUUUUGGGUUGCAUGGAUGAGCUUCAGUUAGGAUUUGACAACCAAAGUGAGUCUUAUUGUCCAGUUCUGAGAUGAAAACAUGGUUGAUUAUCAGUCAGAACAGUGGGCUGUAGAUCAUUAGGAAACAAAUUUGUUAAAAGUUUUGUCCGCAGAGCUGCUCUGUGGUUUUAAGCCCACUCAUAAAGCUCCUGUUCUGAUCUGCUUCAUUUGAGCUUCUGUGCCCAAGUAAAGGUACAACACAAAGCGCUGUAAAACCAGAGGUACUUUGUAUUCCUUCUGCAGUCCUGUUUGGAGCACAAGAGCAACACUGAUUGAAACCAGGAGCUGGAAGAAACAAAGUGUUUACUUUGUCAGCUUCACUGUUGAGAUGCAAGUCUAAAAAUGCUCACAGAAAUUAAUAUCUAGAAUAAGAUUUUUAUUUCUCUUUGCAGCUUGAUAAGUAAGGACUUUUAAAUUUGAAAACUGAAGAAUUCCAGUACUCUUGACAAAUAUUUUGGAAGUUUAUUAAAUGGGUAUGAUAGCUGUUAACACACAUUAUUUCGUUUAGCUUAUUAAACUUUUUCACUGUGAUGGUGUUUAAAGAUGCCUUUUCCUGUGUUUUCAGUAACAGUACCUGAAAUGAGAAUUGAUCAAGAUGGCAGAUGCAUGGUAACCUGUGAGGGUGUCUUCUGAAGUCAACGUGCUGUAAAGAGGGAGGGGAAAGGAGUGAUAGGGGAGGUGUGAAUGGAAUGAAGAGCUCUGUGUUAGUGCUCAGAGGUGCUACAGACCUAGGUUAACCUGAUCUAGGUAAACCUGAUCUAGGUUAUGCAAAGCAUUUUCAGUGAAGCUCAGUAACUUUGAAAAUAUUGAUAUGGGAAAGGUUUUCUGGUGUUGGUGCCACAAGGACACAGCUGUCUCUGCUGGUAAACCACACUCCUGGUUUGGGAUUCUAAUAGUGAUCAGAUCACCUGCAUUUGAGAACAUUGUGUCAUCUUAUCUAAAACUACAGGGUUCAGCUAAUGAGCGUGAUGGAUAAUCCACCUAAGAAAAGGCCUGAAUUGAAUGAAUUUUACCCUUUCUUUAUGUUAGCAACACUUUUGUGUUGUAGUACAGUGGGGGUAAUUACAAGAAUUGAAAGUUAAUUACAAAAAAGUUCUUUUCAAACACUAUCUGGACUUGAAAUUUUAUUGCUGACAAAGAGGGGGCUCCCCUAGGAUGCAGUAGCCUAUUCACCGAAGAAACUGAGCAUUUCUCCUAUAUUUCAGUUAGUGCCAAGUGAGCUCUGAGGCUAAUUAAUCAAAACAAAUUCACAAUUAAGGCCAGGAAGGAAGACUAAUUAAGUAGACAGUUAAGAAAAGUGCUGAAGAAGGGAGCAACCUUACGGGGAAAGUAUGAGACUCCCAGUACUGGCCCAUGAAGGACAAUUAAGUGAUAAUUGCAGAGGCCUUUUUACAUCUAGCAAAUGCUGCCUGCCUUUUAUUAUGGCUGAUUUUCUUAGUAGAAGCAGACAUUUGCCUGAUGAGCAGCUAAGCUCUACUACACACUUUUAAGGUAAUUCUCAGGUAAAGCAGAGAGGUUGCUGCAGCUAUAAGUUAGAACUCAGCUCCUAGGCUUGAACAGUAUUUUAGAUAGUGAAAAAGCCCCACUGUGUUUUAAAGACAAACUAAAUGUUCGCUUUAUUUCCCUCUUCAUUUUGUGGCAUACCAAGUCCAUGUUAGCAUCCUGUUUAACCUUUCAGACAAAUUACACUGAGUGAACUAUCAGAAUUUAGAAUGGCUUCAUUUUGUUCAGUUGCUCACCCCACUGAAGCUCACAGAAUCAUUACCUUGUAAUGAAAUGGCUUCUGCUGCUUAUGACCUUGUAUUGGGUUUGUAUGGCCAGGGUUUGAUAGUGGUGGGGGGUGGAUACUGGGAUGGCUUUUGUAGGAAGCCAGCAGCAGCUUCCCUGUGACAGAGCCAAUGCCAGACUGCUCCAGUGCCAACCUGCCGCUGGCCAAGGCUGAGCCCACCAGAGUUGGUGGUAACUAUGCCGUGGUAACAUUUAAGAAUGAAAAAAAUGCUACUGUGCAGAAGUUAUUAUUGCCAGAGAAGAGAAGAGUGAGGAUAAGUGAGAGAAACAGCCCUGCCCACACCCAGGUCAGUGCAGAAGGAGCCAGGAUGAGAUCCAGGCACUGGAGCUGAGAUUCCCCUGCAGCCUGAGACAGUAAUGGGUGAGUGAUCUCUGCCUGUCCUCAUCUCGACCCAGGAGCCUCUCCUUGUAUUUCCUCUCGCCUGUCCAGCUGAGUGAGGAGAGUGACAGCAACUUUGGUGGGCACCUGGCAUCCAGCCUGGGUCAGCCCACCGUCCUGCACUCAUGCUGCAGGAUGCAUUUGUGGGUUUUGCUGGGAAAAAAAGAGGAGGAACCUACAACACUGGUAUUGUUUUAACUGAAAAUAUUUAAAAUGUUCUUCUGAAGAACUUUUUAAGUUAGCAAAGCUAAUCUCUGAUGAGAUGCUGAGGUGUUUAGAUGAGGUACAAACCCCAGAUUUCCUGCAUCCCUUCUUGCUUGUUUCCAUUGAACUGUGAUGCUAAUGAAAUACAAAACCUCUCUUAAUUUAUUUGAUUUAGCAUGGGCUAUAGAUUUGCGUAAGUGUUCCCUUUUUUUCCCACCUCAUAUCUGGAACUUGAAUUAUUACAGAAAUUACAGUGGAGAGGUCACCUCAAGUAUAUAUUGAAAUGUUGAUGAUAAUUUCCUUUUUUUCAUUAAAUUCCGUGUUAUUACUGUGCCACUGUGAUGUACUGUGUCUUUAUAGGCAAGUUGGCAGUUGUCUUCUUGAAGUAUCUGCCCCAAGUUCACUUUUGUCUCCUUUUUUUUCUUCCUUCUCUUGGAACAGGCUGCAGGAUGAGGCAUUCACCUGCUGCUGUUUCAGCUCAGCUGUUUCAUCAAGUUUCAAUCUGCUCCUUCAUUUUUUGUCUUGCUGCCUAAACUAAUUUCCUGCCCUAUUUGGAUGCAUUUUCCUUACCAAAGCUUUCUUUGCUGUCUUUUUGCCACUUGCAAGGAUUGAAUAAUUUUUUAGCUCAGUUCCAGGUGUUUGAAUUAUUUCAGAGGUGUUCUUGUGCCUGAAGGUUCUUUGCUACCUCUCCUGCAAGUUUUGUAUGGGGCCUGGCAUAGCUUUCAGUUUUCACCCUCAGAGAGGUGAUGCAAAGCUUUCUUUGGCCUCUGUUCUUUGAAGGACUUUUGUGUAGUUUUAAUCCCAAGAAGGUUGGCUUAGGAUGUCACUGGCAAGGUGUUUGUAUUGUCAUCAUCUGCUGUUUUCUUGGCUGCAGAAGCAGAACUGAGACUGCUUCAGGCCCACUUGGUUGCCCUUGAACCUCGUCCAUCUGCUGAGGCUGGCUCUGCAGUGCUGUAAGAAUCCAUCCUAGCACCAUUCCCCAUGGCCAGACUUACCCUGGAGCACCGUAGUAUUGUGCUGUUUGCUCCUCUUAGAGCACUAAUUCAGCGUGCUGGUGACUUCCUUUGCCUUGGCACAAUCUUGAUGUGUGUCUGCCAUCACUUAGGCACCACGCCAUACCCUGAUUUUGUGUUGGCAGGCUAGUCCAGGCAUUCACCUGCUCUCACAUCUUCAUGCCUCUUGCCAGUGGGAAUGCCGCCUGGCACCAGCUGGUUUUGGCACAGAGGUGUGCCCACUGCUGCAUGUGUGGGUGUGGAUCUCUCAUGUGCCCUCUCACACCCUCUUGCUGCUUGACUUUUCUGGUAAAUUCCAGGAGAAAGUAAUCUUCCAGGUUUUUAGUGUUUCUGCAGUGUCUAAGGAGCCUAGACUGAAAGAGAUGUGUUAGGUGGCCCCUCAGAAUCAGCUUCAUACAUUUCUCUUGGAGAUGGGGCUGAGACCUGGUCAAGCACAUGUGACAUAGCCUUCCAUGUGGAACAGUUCUGUCCACAGAGUCCAGAUCCCGUCAUCUCUGUUUUGCCAUUCUUAGUGCCCUGGGUGGGAGUGUGUGUUUGCAAAGCACAUCAGAGUGUUGGUGUGCACACUUGGCAUCCUCAUUCUUCUUGCUGUGGUUACUGCAGAGAGGUCAAGAGCUACAGAAGAGAUCAGGAAACACAGGCUUGUGUCAGUGGAAAGUGCUUAUCUGAAUCCAAGGCAGCCAGCUCUUGAUGGUCAUGCUUGAGCAGAAGUGUUGGAUCAAAUGGCUUCCAGAGGUCCCCUCUGCCCUCAGACAUCCUGUGAAGUUGCAACCUGCUCUUCUGUAAGUUUAGUUCAUGCUUUUUUGGGGAAAACCCUUAUUUCUGUACCCCUAAAGUGGAGAGCAGUCUUCCAUGCCACACCAGUAUUGCCACCAGCGUGUGGGGUGUGCCUGAGCCCCAGCCACUGCCAUUCCUUUCUCCACGCUAAAGGACAAAACAGGCGCAGUAAGUAGAGUCACAAGUGUCAGCUUUAACCUUAUCGCCUUUCUGUCUUUGCUCUAAGGAGUCCCUCUAGGGCAGACACACACCUUGGUUUGAUGAGAAGCCCACUGCUCAGGUUGGGUGAAUUAGCUACCACUUUUCUGCACAUACACCCCGAAACAUUUUGCUGUAUUUGUAUAGUGGCUUAUUAUUUUCACCUGCAGGUCUUAACAGCAUUCUUUAUUCUGUGCAUGGGCUUUAAACCAGUUGAAAAUUUGACAUCUUGCAUAGUCCAGGCUAUCAAGUGUCUGCUUUUGCCAUAUAACUCUACAUGAGGAGUAGCAGUACUCAGCUGUCACUUGAUGUGGGGAAUUGCAUCAGUUAUUAUUCUCUCAGCAAGCAUUUUAGUUCGUAGUUAUUUUCCCUACUGUCAGCAGCUUUUUGUGACCUUUGGAACUGCAGACCAGAGAUUGUGAAGCAUUUGUGUAAACCCAAGUUAAAGGGAAUUCAAAUACACACAAGAUCUUUAUAAAAAUAACAAGAAACUUACAUGCACAUUAACUACUGAGGCCUCUUGGUCCUUCACAAGAUAUAAUUUGUACUUGAAAUGGCUUGGGAGAAUUCCUGGAGAGCAAGUGUCAGUGCCACAACCAGGUGUGGCUUUGACAGCUCCAGGUUUUGCACAGAUGAGCACAUUUGUCAGAGACCACUAUUAGUGAAAUUAAAUUAGGCUAAUGUGCUCUUUUGAGCAUAAUUGAAAUAAUACUAAUGUUUUUAUUGAUUUGCCACUGGAGUAGGUGAAUGUUGUGAUGUCCUUGCUGCUGUGAGUACAAUUUGCAGUUGUUCCACUUUACUGUCUUGUAACUCCCCAAUAUUAUGGCAUAGGUAGGCCUAUUUUUUAACUGUGUUAAUUUGAACUAAUUGCUGGGUUUUUUUAUAAUUUAGAGGAAGAGCAAGAAAUGUGUUGAUGGACACCUCUUCCCCAUAACUUUACCUGCAAAUUGAAGAUCAUCUAAUGCAGAAGCGUUCUAAAGAACACUGAACAUUUUCAUCGGACACCCCAGUUUUAGGGGCAUGUUGUUUCAUUGAUCUUAAAGAUCUUUCUUCAGUGUAAAUGGUAAAUACAUAGUUUGUUAUGAAUUUUCUUUUGUAUCAAUAAAUAUUAAGUAAUGCAAAUCAGUUUUAAUUUCUUUGUUUUUAAAUAAUUUCAGAAUCAGUUUUCUAGCAUUCCAUGUGGUUUUGAAAAUGCAGAUAAUUGCAUGAGUUUGACUUGUAAAUAUUUGUGAAUAAAUAUGUGUGUUAUCCUGA